UGAGGAAUUUGGCGCCCUCAAUUGAGGGCAGUUAGGGGUUCAUAGAUACUCUCCACAUUCCGGAGAUGAUAGCCUUCCUUGCGUUUCAUAGAUACUCUCCACAUUCCCGAGAUGGUAUUCGGAAUAGAAGGGUCAUUUGAAGCGGAAGCUAGGCACGCUUGCCUGCCUUCUGUUUCCGUAUAUAUGAUAUUCUCGACGUCCAUUGCGUGCUCUGUGUGAGAUUUUCUGACCUUCCGACUUGAGGAUUGACGGAGGGGGUUGUAGCUUUUCGAAGCACUGGACAUCGCUUCGAAUUUGACUGACGUAGUAGUUUGCACUUUUUGUGUUUUUAUUCUACUGCCGUGCGAGUGCAAUUCCUCGAGGUUGGGUGGUCUUCAAAUACUGUCUCUUAUACACAUCUAGAUGUGUAUAAGAGACAGACGUAGUAGUUUGCACUUUUUGUGUUUUUAUUCUACUGCCGUGCGAGUGCAAUUCCUCGAGGUUGGGUGGUCUUCAAAUAUCGAGUACGGGCGCCCUCCGAACUGCCCAAAGCUGACCAACCCCAAGGAAACUCCGAAUACUUGCAACUGAGCAUCGCGCAGACAGACUUUGGGUGCUAAGAUCCAAAUUCAAAAGUGAAACAGCCCAGAUCGUCCGGUAAGGUCCUAAAGCGAUCACUUUGUGGGAAAGGAAGUGAUCGAGCAAUUACGACCCGGAGGUGGGCUUGGAAGCAGACAUCCUUUCAAGGAAGCGUAAUAGCUCACUGGUCCGGUUGGGUGGUCGUCAAAUAUCGAGUAUAGAUUGACUCUCUUUCACACACCGUUAGCGGGGAGCUUCCUGUAGAUGCGCAUGGCCUUUCCGUUGGCGGGGGAAUUGUGUUUCGUUAUUGGCUAUGACCAACCCAGCGAAGAGCCGCCAUCACGGAGUCGUUCGUUGUUCGUUCUUCGUGCUGUGUCGGGCCAUUCGUUGGCUUCCCUUGCGUCCCACCUCCUUUCUUCCUCUGUCUCCUUAUUCUCUCCGUGUUCGCUCCUCGUCACCCCUCUGAGCGCUGACCUUGAUCUCCACUCUUCACCGCUCUUCACCCCCUUACUAAUUGUCAGUAACCAAAGCGGAGGAAGAAUCGUUUAACUCCGCCACGUGGGUACGCAGACCGUUGGGGAACCUACCGAUCACAACGUGUCUUAUAAUUUCAUGAUUUCACUUAUUCCUGUUAAUCCGCGUGUUCGUGUGUGUGUGUGUGUGUGUGUGUGUGUGUGUGUGUGUGUGUGUGUGUGUGUGUGCUCGCACGCGCCUGUGUGUUUUGUGCGUUUUGAUUUCCCCAAGUAGAUUAGGGGCUCCUCUGCUUCCGCGUCGAUGUUCAAGCGAGCUUGCGCCACCUUCACGUGUAUGCGUAGGGCCUUGGACCUUGGGCGACCGCCAAUCGGAGUUCCUUUUGAUGGUUUAUCCCCUUUGGUGAGUCGAUUCGACUCUCCUUCUCCUUCCUUCCUCUUUCUCUAUUCUGCUUCCCCUCGGCGUCAAUUGAAACAGCGUCGAUAAUUUUGCUUUUUUGGUUUUCUUUUGCCUUUGCGACUGUUGUCCUUGAAAGUAAUCUGCUCGUUCAUCUCUCCUUCUGUGACGACGGACGUGAGAAGAGUUUCGAGAGAUGGCCUGGGCCACAGCAUGUCGCCACGUGAUAGUCUUGCCAGAACGACUCCGUGGGCUUGACGCCAGUGCACACGGCCCCCGGUGCUGCGGCUUGUCUUCUUCGGUGUCGGCCCUUCUGUUCAAUCAGAAGCCGGUUGUCAGUGCGCGCCGGAUGCUCCGUCGCCAUUCUGGAGAUGAUAACUACAAGAACAGCCAUGGCAGAACGGUUGGCGUUGGGGGUGAAGAUCCUGCAAGGACGAUGAUGAUGGAUCGUUACGUGACACGUCGCGAUAAUGGAGGUGCUGUCCUCUCUUCACUGUGCGCACUGUGUAAACUUUGUCAAUCAUCCUCUCGAAGUCUGGGAUUGUCAUCGCCUCGGGGUCGCAGAGCCAUUAUCUCCCGGGGUCAACCAUCAGACAGCUGGCUGGAGGCGGGGUCGAGCAUAUGUGGCGAAGCUACGGCAGGUGCGGGGUCCUUUGCCGAUGAUGGAGAGAGAGAGAUUGCCCUCGGUGUAGAGGGGUUGCUGAGGGCUUGGAACCUUUCUCUCGAUGAUAUGUCGGAUUUGGAUGAUCGCGAGGGGGUGGAGGCAACCUUGUGCGAAGGUCUGGAUUUCGCCGACAUGGCAGGAAGGCUCAGGAAAUGGGCCUCGUCGACUCUGCGCUUGACGACCACCCGGACUAGGGGAAUGUCGCCGACCGAGCCCGUGAUGGAGGAUGCAGAGAGGAUUGACGCCGACGGCGGCAAGCUGUCGCUGGUAAUGGGGUUGGCUGCGGCCGAGGAUCUGUGGACGGCUUGGUGGACAGAUCCGGAUCUCCAAUCAACGACACGCGACGGCGUCGGGACAAUGGAGGCGCCGACGACGAUAUCGAGGAGGGAGAGAGAGAGCGAGAACAGAAGGCGGGCAGCCCUGCAGCUGCAUUCGGAACCGCAAACACACGAGGAGGCAGAGUGGAAUGAACAAGUGGAGGUUUCCGAGCUGCGCGCCCGAGCGUCCUUGGGCGCGGCGCGGCAGCUGUCCGCCGCCGUUGAUGACGGUUUCUCUUGGCAGGACGCAGCGACGGAGCUGCGCGCUGCCGCUGCUGCUGGCCAUCAAAGAAGCAUUGUCGAUCGAUUGUCGUCGUCAGGUUCGCCCGCUGUCCCUCCUGUUGUGGUCGCAGCCGUUGAUUCAGAAAUGAUCGGAAAAAGGGCUGGUAUUGCCCUAGCCAUCAAAGACUUGGAGGAGAUCAGUUUGCGCGAAGGAGCAGAAGGGGGCGAGGAAGUGGAAUUGGACACGCGGGGGGGAGGUCUCGUCCACGUUUUGGUCUCGCGGAUGACGAAAGUUCGAGGACUGUUGAAGAACCAACCUGAGUAUUAUCAGGAAACCGAGUCCGAUCGUCAUCGGGGGAUGAUGUGGAAUGCCAUCGUUGCUCUCAUGUUCGAAGGAUCCGCCUUGCUCUGGUCAUUGAUCUACCCCGAACCUGGAGCCGCGGCAGCCUUGGCAUCGGAGGCGCAGGCGCAAAUAGCGGAGGCUAUCGCCGGAGCUGCUGAGGAACUAGACAAGCUAUCGACCCCUGUGGUCGCUGCCACCGCUCAUGACGCAGCGAAAACCGUCGCUGACGCAACUGUUCCGGACUGGUUGGGACCGUCCGUCGUCACGUUCCCCUUCGCAGGCUAUAUUCUCUUCUACUUGUACAGAGAAAAGGUAAAUCCACGGGCAAAGUUGACGGAUUUUUUCUUCAUGGUUCUCGCUGCAGCGAUUGUUGCCAACCUGGUUUUGAUUUUGACUUUAAGGAUAAGGCUAUGGUGAUAGCCAAUGCUCACCCCAAUCAGAUUGAAGACUAUUACUCCUUAAGAGUUUCUCUGUCUUCUACACGUUCUCUACCUUUUCCACCAUGGGUGCUUCAAAGGCUGCCCGCAGCUAGUUUGCCCCACAGGUAAAUUCAGGAUAUACUAAUGAACAAAUGCUUUGGAGAGCGCCUUCAGCCUAUGAGUUUGCUGCUUCUUUACUGUUAAAACAAAUCUUAAAUUUAGUACGGUUUAAUUUACAUCUAAGGGCUGUUGAUAGCCUGUUGGACUGUAGAGUCAGUGGCUGCCGUUUUGGGUUCGUUGAGAGAACUUGUGUGGAUACUCUUGGGAGGGCACUGCUCGUUAUUUUCUCUGAUGGAUUAUCGAAUAGCAUCAAACCAUGGCCGUCCAUGUCCGAGCAAUUCCUUGAAGAAGUAAGUCCGUAACAUUCAGCCACGAUACAGAAAACAAUCAACCAGUUGUCAGGAGACUUCAUCGAUUCUUUGGUUUGGGAUCUACCAUCAGAUUGUUGCAGGGAUUUUAUGAGCCCAUCUAUGUAUGUCCAUACAAUCCCCUGCGGAAAACGUUAUAGCAUUCAUCCAUGACACAUAUAUUUCAAGGGACCAGUUGUCAGUAGGCUGCAUGGUUUCCUUGACUUGGGGUCGUCUCUCAGAUUGUCACAGGGGUUGUCACAGUGGUUGUGUGAACUACAGGGAGUCUUUGUUCAAUACAGUUUCCAACAUCUCUGACCGUUGAUUGAUAUUAUUAAUAUAUAGAUAGAAUAGAGAAAGCACAUAAUUGGAUUAAACAUUUAUUUGUGAAAUUCAAUAUGAUGCAAAUCUCAGUAAUGUAAUAACCCUGUUCAGAAGUAGCCUGGGGCUCAGAACUCAGCCCCAGGCCACGCAGACCUGAGAAGGUCUGCGCUGGGCUGUGUGACCAAGACACGCCCGGGCCUGAGUCUGUCGAGCGUGGCUGUGUGACCGAACGCUGCGCACAGGAAUUUCAAGAGUCAAAGUCGACUGUAGAGUCAAAUGUACCGCACCCAGGCCCUGGGUUGGAUACACUCACUUGUUGUGCGCAGGUACCCAGACAGCAUCCAGGCCGGAGGGAAUUCGGUUUCAGGCCGAUCUGAACCCUCAUUCGCAUUGAGAUCUGGACGGCCGAGGGAUACAGCAUCCGGGGUCCAGACCCCGCGUCAACACUACAUAAGAGUUGACUUCCUGGCUUUGACAUGCAUUCUGUCUUGCGUUGAUGCUGACUUCACGCGUUGACUUCAACGCUGGCUCGACGCUGCAACGCUGGCUCGACGCUGCUGGCAUUGUGACUUGGCGAGGCGCUGCUAGUCCGGCAUGGUGGCCGGCAUGUUCCUGUCUUCUUGGCAUGCUGACGUGGCAGCUGCCAUGCGC